GAGCUGUUGGAUUCGCCAGUAACCUCGUUAAAUCGUCUGUGUCUACAUUGGCAGAAUGGCUGCGGUUUCGGCUGUGGACUUUGACCCUAUGCAGUCCUCGUAUAAUUAUGAAGACACCGGCUAUGAUAUGGAAGCGGAAGAAGAAGAGUAUGAAGAGAUUACGCAGGAGGACUGUUGGCACAUUAUUUCCAGCUUCUUCGACCAAAAGGGUCUUGUACGGCAGCAACUCGACUCCUUUGACGAGUUCGUGCAAAACACCAUGCAAGAGCUCGUAGACGAAAACGCGGAUCUCAUCUUGGACCAGGCCGACCAGCACACGGGUCACGAAGCAGACGUGACGCGACGAUAUGAGAUCAAGUUCGGCCAGAUCUACCUUUCGCGACCGACGGUUACAGAAGCGGACGGCUCUGUUGUGCCAAUAUUCCCGCAGGAGGCCAGGUUGCGGAACUUGACGUACUCGGCGCCGUUGUAUGUUGAAAUGAAGAAGAGGACACUAGUAGGGAGAGAGGACCCUGAUAGCACCACCGGAGACUUGGUUUGGGAGCAAGAACAUGAUGAGUCACCUGAGGACACGAGGAAGGUGUGGAUAGGAAAGGUCCCCAUUAUGCUGAGGUCAACAUUUUGUAUCCUCAACAAGUUGACGCAAGAGGAGCUCUUUGACUUGAAUGAAUGUCCCUAUGACUCUGGAGGAUAUUUUAUCAUCAACGGUUCCGAGAAGGUUCUCAUCGCUCAGGAGCGCAUGGCUACGAAUCAUGUCUACGUCUUCGCUAAGGCUCAGCCGUCGCCGAUCAGUUUUCUCGCUGAGAUUCGCAGUGCUGUCGAGAAGGGUGGCAAGACCAUCAGUCAGUUCCAAGUGAAGCUGUACCACAGAAACCAAGAACGCUCGUUGGGCAAUGUCAUGAAAGCAACUAUCCCUUAUAUCAAGGUCGACAUCCCCAUCUGGGUCGUUUUCCGCGCGCUUGGCGUCAUCUCUGACCGUGAUAUUCUUGAGCAUAUUUGCUACGACAUGCAGGAUGCGCAAAUGCUCGAAAUGCUCAAGCCUUGCAUCGACGAUGGUUUUGUCAUUCAGGACCGCGAGAUUGCCCUCGACUUCAUUGGGAAUCGAGGAACGACCACUGGUCUGAAUCGUGAGCGUCGUCUUCGAUAUGCGCAAGAAAUUUUGCAAAAGGAGAUGUUGCCGCAUAUCCAUAAGGCAUACUUCUUCGGUUACAUGAUUCACCGUCUGCUACUGGCAGCCCUGGAACGACGGGAUCUCGACGAUCGUGAUCACUUCGGAAAGAAACGUCUGGAUCUGGCAGGACCUCUGCUUGCAAACCUUUUCCGUAUGCUCUUCCGCAAGCUCACCCGCGACGUCUAUCGGUACUUGCAGAAGUGCGUCGAGACUCACAAGGAGUUCAAUCUUUCACUCGCCGUCAAACAUAACACGAUUACCAACGGUCUCAAGUACUCGUUGGCUACUGGUAACUGGGGAGACCAGAAAAAGUCCAUGUCCGCCAAAGCUGGUGUCUCGCAAGUGCUUAACAGAUACACUUACGCUUCCACUCUUUCCCACCUUCGUCGUUGUAACACUCCCCUCGGACGAGAAGGAAAGAUCGCGAAGCCCCGCCAGCUGCACAACACUCAUUGGGGCAUGGUCUGUCCCGCUGAGACGCCAGAAGGUCAGGCUUGCGGUCUGGUCAAGAACCUGUCUCUCAUGGCUUGCAUCUCUGUUGGCUCGCUUUCUGCUCCUGUCAUCGAGUUCUUGGAAGAGUGGGGUUUGGAGUCACUGGAGGAGAACGCGCACUCAACCACGCCGUGUACGAAGGUCUUCGUCAACGGUGUCUGGAUGGGCGUCCAUCGAGACCCAGCGAACUUAGUCAAAACUAUCAAGAAGCUCCGUCGAAAGGAUGAUAUCAGCCCCGAAGUCUCGGUCGUUCGAGAUAUCCGCGAGCGAGAACUGCGUCUCUAUACAGAUGCUGGACGCGUCUGCCGGCCGCUCUUCAUCGUCGAAAACAACCAGCUUACUCUGCGCAAGAAGCACAUUGAAUGGAUCGCUAGCGGAGUGCCGCAAUACGAUGACGCAGGGAGUCGGCUUCUGAAGGAAGAUGGCACGUACGACAAUCAACCCUAUGAGUGGAGCAACCUCGUUAAGGACGGUGUUAUUGAGCUGCUGGACGCGGAGGAAGAGGAGACUGUUAUGAUCUGCAUGACGCCAGAGGACCUCGAGAAUGCCCGGUUGCAGCAGGCCGGAAUCGACUCUCAUCGUGACGAGAGCGAAUUUGAUCCUUCCGCGCGGCUGAAGAACUUUUCGAUGGCGCAUCUGUGGACACACUGCGAGAUUCAUCCCAGCAUGAUCUUAGGGGUUUGCGCGAGUAUCAUUCCUUUCCCUGACCACAAUCAGUCUCCUCGUAACACCUACCAGUCGGCUAUGGGUAAGCAGGCUAUGGGCAUCUACCUCACAAACUUCCUCGUCCGCAUGGACACUAUGGCGAACAUCCUCUACUACCCUCAGAAGCCGCUGGCGACGACUCGUUCGAUGGAGUAUCUGAAGUUCCGAGAACUCCCUGCUGGACAGAAUGCGAUCGUCGCCAUUCUUUGCUAUAGCGGCUAUAACCAGGAAGACUCCGUCAUUAUGAACCAGAGCUCCAUUGAUCGUGGCCUCUUCCGGAGUAUGUACUACCGCAGCUAUAUGGAUCUCGAGAAGAAGAGCGGCGUACAGCAGCUCGAAGAGUUCGAGAAGCCGACCCGGGAUACUACUCUCCGUAUGAAGCACGGCACGUACGACAAGCUCGAAGACGACGGCCUUAUCGCGCCUGGCACCGGCGUCAACGGCGAGGAUAUCAUUAUUGGCAAGACCGCCCCCAUCCCACCGGACAGCGAAGAGCUUGGCCAGCGAACACGGACACAUACCAAGCGUGACGUAUCGACGCCGCUCAAGAGUACUGAGAGCGGCAUCAUCGACCAGGUGCUCAUCACGACGAACGCGGAAGGUCAAAAGUUUGUCAAAAUUCGUGUUCGGUCUACUCGUAUUCCCCAAAUCGGAGACAAGUUCGCUUCUCGUCACGGACAGAAGGGAACCAUUGGCAUCACUUAUCGCCAAGAGGACAUGCCGUUCACAGCGGAGGGUAUCACUCCUGACAUCGUCAUUAACCCUCACGCCAUUCCCUCACGCAUGACUAUCGGUCACUUGGUCGAGUGUCUGCUCUCGAAGGUCGCCACCAUCGUUGGAAAUGAGGGUGAUGCUACACCGUUCACUGAUCUCACCGUCGAGUCCGUCUCGCAGAUCCUUCGCGAGCAGGGCUACCAGUCCCGUGGCCUUGAAAUUAUGUACCACGGUCACACCGGCCGUAAGCUGCAGGCUCAGGUCUACUUUGGCCCGACAUACUACCAGCGUCUCAAGCACAUGGUUGAUGACAAGAUCCACUCGCGUGCGCGUGGCCCGGUACAAAUCCUCACCCGCCAGCCGGUCGAGGGUCGCAGUCGAGACGGUGGUCUUCGUUUCGGAGAGAUGGAGCGUGAUUGUAUGAUCUCGCACGGUGUAGCUGCGUUCUUGAAGGAGCGUCUGUUCGAGGCUAGCGACGCCUAUCGGUUACACGUCUGCGACAUCUGCGGUCUUACCGCGAUUGCUAAUCUUAAAAAGCAGACGUUCGAAUGUCGAUCGUGCAAAAACAAGACGGCAUGCUCGCAGCUUUACAUUCCGUACGCGGCGAAGUUGCUGUUCCAGGAGCUGCAAAGUAUGAACAUCGCAGCCCGUUUGUACACCGUAUCAACAGGGCGGAUACGAGAUUAGACCUUAAUGCAGAUGCUUUCGCUCGAUGUUUUGCUAUGUAUUUUACAAUUAUCCGUCCGUUCGAUUUCGAACUACUACGGGACAAUCAAUAUAUGGUGUGUAAUAAUCUAAACAUCCUUCAUCAGUCCCUCUCGUUCAUAUUCUUCGCCGUCGUGAUGUUGGUUGCGCCGCCUUUUCGCAGGAUCCUCGUCCUCGCUGAGCUCGUGCGCAUCCUCAUCACCAAUCUCGAAGACAACAGCGUCCUCCGCCAUCGAGCCCGGCCCACGGCCGACGAGCGUCGCAGUGUCGUCAUCAUCAUGCUGGAAAGGUCCAUUGGCUUCUGUUCGCCGUUCAAUCGCCUCGAGGUCGUAGUCUUCGGCAUCUUCCUCUUCUUGAGCGAGCUCGUCGAACAUCGCCAGUCGCCUGUUGUUUGGCGUGGGUCGCCACAGGUAACCGACCACGACAAAAUCAAUCAGGUAAAGGAGGGCGAGCCAGCCGUCGAGCAACCACCACUGGAACUUCCAUGAUCUGGCGCCGUAGUCUUCGGCAAGACGUCCAGAAAAUGUCAUCGACGAAACAACGAAGAAGAUAACGACCAUGAGAACCGUGAAGAGUAGGAGGCGGUAGAGACGCUGGAACAUCCCCAACUUGAAGCGUUGCUUCCUCGCAGCUAGUUGAUUGAUAGUAGCAUUAAGAGCGUAGAGGAUCCAAAGCAAGAAGCCGCUCAAAGUGAAAGCUAGAGGAAUGACGAAAAGGAGAAGCACAAAAGCAGAUGUCGACUCAAGCUCAAGCUCAACAAUUCCGAUAGCAUACAGCACUCCGAAGAUAAAGUGCGCUACAGCGAGCAGCUGGCAGCGAAUCAUCGUCUUGCCAAGAGACUCACGAACCACACUCAAACCAAGAGAAACGACCAGAAGCAGGAAGAACGAAAGUGCAUUACGCCCGGCAUCCAGAAUGGCCACGAUGAUGAGGAACGCCGUAGACGAUGUGCCCUUGCCGUGCGCAUUGAGGAAGCGGUAGUACGCCCAACUGGCAAGCAUUUCGACUACGAGGAAACCAAGAAGGCUAGAUAGAUAAUACUGAAUGGGGAGAAGAUCCUGCAGGUUUCUGUAGCAUUGCCAGGCCCAAACCCCUCCAAUGAUCGUGUACACGAUGAACAUGGUGAGGUAGAAAUCCACUUUCGGGUACUCAGCGGCGGAAAGUUUGCCGUUGAACUUAUUUUGGAAUAGAACAGUGCCUUGAUAUUUGGGAUGGAAGGGGACAUCUGUCGGAGCCUGCCUUGGUGAAUUGUUGUUAUCGCUGGAUUGCAGUACAGUAACGGGAACGAUUGCGACACAAUAAUACCCCGUCUUUCGUACGAGGUACUGGAUAGGUUCUUGAUAGUGGAGAAUGCCUGAAGGACUUUGAUUAAGAGGCUGAUCGUUUUGUCGCCUAGCAAACUGCUGCGGUAGACUCCUGGCGAACCGGCUGCCGCGCCUCCAGGGGGUGGUAUAAUCGUUAUCGGCGUCGGGAGGUGUCGGAUUGCCUUCGGGGUUAUCCCAGAAUCCACUGGAGGCAAUUUCUGUUGACUCAGAGACGUCUUCACGGUUGCCGGAGGAGAAGGCUACCCUAGCCGACCAGAAGCUUGUCUCGUUGAGCGACUUCCCCUCCGGUAGGUCGAUGAUGAAGCGGCCGAGUUGUGAGUUAUCGCAAAACCCCCCUCGGACAGCGUCAGAAGUGCAGACAUAUGUCUUCGGCAUGAAGUCGUCUUGUGAAGUGACUUUGCCUAGAUACGACAUGUCUUUCCAUUCGUAUAUUACCAUUGAUAGCUGCCCUUGGGACGUGCUAUCGAAUGUAACAUUUAUGAACGUAUUGCUCCCUCCCCACAUUCCAGAGCAUAUUUGGCGAUCGUAGUCAGCGUCAGACACAGGCACAUCGUAUCCUGCAGCUAGAGUUGAUGCAAGCAGAAGAGUGAGGGAUGUAGAGAGUAAUGAACUCCGAAGUCUGGGUAGCAGCAUGGCGAGUGCACC